UUUGGGUCUGAACCAGCUUUCUCCCCACCACUCGGAUCCUCAGUUGCGCCAGACGGAAUGUCCGGACAUCGGAUACUCACCUCGAACUCCUGUCCUCUGUGUUUGCUCUCUUUCAACAUUCUCCUCAUCAAACACAACAACAGUGUUCCUGCCUCUACGCCCCCAAAAUGGGUCGCAACUCCCCAUCUUCGCAACCGCACAUCGCAAUCUUCGAUUCUACGUACGGAAGCGGCCGUAACUCGUUCGAAGAAGCCGCAGAAAGUCCAGACCUCCCACUCUCGGUGUACGACGAAGGUUACUCGCAGGCGCCAGCCUGGCAGAGGGCGCAGCUGAUUCAUAUGCCCCCAGAUCCAAACAGAUCAUCAGACUGUCUCACAAACUCCACCACCAUCGCCACGAAUAGUUCCGUCCAGCAUGAUGGCAGCUUCGUCGUCCUCGGCUACCCACCCCUCCUCGAAAUCGACCCGAAAGGGACCCUCGCCCUGGUCCUCGGCAGUGAGGAAAAAAACAACGGCCCACGAAAAGUAAUCGUCUCUCCCGACAUAGUACGUCGAUUGAGUCCAGCUUGGGAGAACAUUGUGUCUACCCAGACGCACAAAUCGUGGCCAUCACUGAGCCAAAAAAAGGUCCGCUUGACCGAAGACGAUCCUGAGAUCAUGAUUCUUGUUAUGCAAGUUGCCCACCUACAAUUCAAACAACUGCCGGACACACUAGAGUAUCGCCAACUUCUCGAAUUGGCCCUCAUUUCUCACCGGUACAAGACAAACCACGUUUUGAUCCCUUUCCUCCCGAAAUGGACUAGACCAUAUCAAGAUAAAUUUCUGAAUGAUGGAAUGGAGGAGUGGAUGUUCAUUGCAUAUCAAUUUGGAUAUGAGGACGACUACUUGAUGCUAGCAAAGCAUCUUACACUUCAUUGCACGCUAAACGAGGAUGGAAGUCUGAUUGCACCUUCUGGGAAGCCGCUCAAGGGACAUUUUCCGCCAGGUGCUCUUCGCCGAAUCAUGUCAGCCCGGCAAAAGCUCCUUCAAUCUUUCCUUAACACAACAUACCAGCAUGUGGAAAACAUGAUCAUAUCUAACACAUGUCAAUGUACUCCAUCCCCUACCCCAUCCAAUCCAGCAGCCUCAGCCCGCUACAGCCUACCGCCAAGCCAGCUCCCCAGGCGGUCUAUCCCCAGCCCCCUCUCCAGCAUGAUUACACCGCCAGGUUUGUAUUGCUAUUAUUCCCCUACUUACGCAAUUCCUCAGCUCUCGCUCCUAGAUAAUCCGAUUGCUGUGAUCGUCUAGAUCUAACCCGCUUAUGAACAGGCUCACCAUCCCUGAACACGGUUCAGUUGGAACCUCCCGACUUCGCCGCCUUCGACGCCCAACGCACUGAAUGCACACUCUUGAACCACGGCUCCAUGGUCCGCCAUCUGAAAGCAAUCGGCUACUGGCCAGCUCUCAAAUCUCCAAAAACCAUCAUCGAAUCCGUGAGCCACGUCGCAGAACAGCUUUCUUCGAUUCAGGUUAUGGAGUGGAAGU